CUGGAAGCACCACACUCACGGGGCAUGGCCAAAUGUACGAGAUCCGUGCUCAUCUGCGCUAGCCAAAUAUAUAACCUUUAUUGCUGUAGCACCUACUCCUGCCAAAGCAAAAAUUAAAAGACACCCCAAAUCCCAAGACUUUGAGGCCUUCUAGCCCAAAGCGGGAAAGGCUCACAGUCACCAUUCCUGCACAUGUUCACUCAGGGCAUCGAGGCCUUUCCAUAGCUACCUCACUCGCCACCAAGAAGGUCUGAAAUUCUGUUAGUCGACGGCAGGUGCUUAUAAAUGGUGGUAUUUCUCUCUCUCUCGCUCACACAACCACAGCUCUGUUCAGGUGACGAAGAUGCUCACCGGUGCCGCCUCUGACACGGCUGCCUGGGUUACCAACAUGGGUAACGAGCACGGCCAGGUCCUCAUGAGCAUCCUCACCUACUCGUAGGGCUCCGAGGGCCUGGACACCAUGGCGGCCGGAUUGAUGGCGCGGUAACGAGUCGCCGAGGUUCCUCCCCUGUCCUCAUGUAUGUUGACCGCGACUGCUGCAGCCGAGACGGCAUGUCGAAUACAGUUUCAUGUGUGGUGGAACCUCGUGGUUUGUCUGGACAUUUGGCACCUGAUGCGACGUUUCGCUUGUGGUGUCACAAGCGAAAGCCACGAGCUCUACCCCACUUUCAUGAAGCAGUUGUCUCACUGCAUCUUCGAAGUGGACUCCGGAGAUGCCCGCCGUCUCACCGAGGCCAAGCGGUCGGAUCUGGGGAGGAAGCACGGGAUGGUCAACCUGAGUGACGCUGAGGUGGUCCAGAGGAUCUCCAAGGAGGAGUGAAGGCUCCACUGUCGGCGCAGGACGCGUGGGUUGGAGAACACUGCGCUCCUCAUCCAGAACCUCCUGGACACCUUCAAAGGACCGGCAGGCCGGAACACCCUGAACAUCCCGUUGCUGGAUGAUCUCCGCAUCCAGGACGUCUGGGACACGCAGAGACGUCACCUCAGCUGCAUCCAGGACCCGCCAGCCGUGCAGCUGUACAUGCAGAUUGGGACGCUGACGAAAGGCGGCAUCAGCCUCCCAGUCUAUCGCUGUGCGAGGGGAUCAACCUCUCUGGAGUCUUUCCACCUCCACCUGGACCACUUCAUCCCAGGGACAUCUUCUAGUGCCAGGUACUUUCAGGCGUUCCUUGUGGACGGAAUGGUCAGGUGGAAUGAGGAUUGUGCAGCGGCAGCGGCGCCUGCGGAUGCAGCUGAAACAAGGACGUCUCUGCAUUCCUACUGUGGCCACCUCAAACACGCCCUCAACCAGAAGAGCCAAUGGGUGCUUGGACAUCAGAUGGUUGAGGAUUUCACCAAGCCCGCUUCAUAUACAGGUGAACUCAUCGGGCUCGAGUACCUGUUCCGGCAGACGGGCAGUGUGUUUGAGGAGAUCAACUUGGAUCCUGACGCUCCGGAUGAGGGUGCUGCCGUUUCCACCCUUGAGGAUGAGGAUGAGGGGAUACAAUCCGAUGAGGGGGACCCCACCAUCUUCCCACCAGAUUCCUCCUCCUCCUCCUCCUCCUCCUCCUCUAUGGCAGCAUCCCAGUCAGGUGCACCCAGGUCUGAGUCACCCCCUUCCUCUCCCGAAGUAUCUGGAAGCCAGGCUCCUCCUCUCCAGAACUCCUCAGAGUGCGUGACCUCAGCUGUGCAACCACUUUCUGGUCACUGGACAGCCUGCAGAAGGGAGAAACAUCACCAAGUCAGCAUAUACAAAAGUCCAGUUGCAUCAGAUUUUUUUGGGAUUACUAAGUUCCAAAAAAACACGGUUGUUAAGGUUGAGUCUUACUUGUACGUGAGUACAGCGGGGAACAGGCAGCUAUAGGUGGGGGGCAGCUGCCCAACGAUGCCCUGUGACCACCCUCCGACCUUCUUCUUGCACCGAUGGCAUUCUAGGUACUCCGUGGCCAUGAGGUACCAGCCGUCGAUGCCCAGGACCCUCCGGAUGAUCCUGCACAGCCCAGCCUUGGUCAUGGACCCGGUGCACAAAGGCUGGGGGCAAGACAGCUGUAGACGCCAGAUCCUGUGAGGCAUCCAGAGGAACAGCCGACAAGCGAAGAAGGGGCCGGGGGAAGCGGGAGGCUGGUUGUAGACCGGCCGUGGCAGGGGGGGGUACCACCACAGGUUUAGGUCGUCGGUGAGACGAGGCCUCCCUGCCAAACAGCGUCCGGCCGAUCCACUCCUGCUGAUCCGGGCUCAGAGCUGCCCGCCAGGACUCGGGCAGCAUCUGCAGAAAUUAAGAUGACACUUUCAACAUCGCAUUGAGUCCCUUACAGUUAACUGCUAGAAGAUUUACUCUCGACUCUUAACUCACCUCAGCACCGUCGGCAGGUGGCAGAGGAUCCUGUAUGAACAGGGCGUGGGCGUCCUCCACCGUGGCUGGCUCUGGAGCGUUAUGUGUGGAGUCUCCCUGUCCAGCUGUGGCCUCCAGCAGCUCCUCAUCGGUGGGGUCACCCAGCUGGACAGAGACACCAGCGUCUCUCGGAGGCAGAGAGGUGGUGGAGGCAGGACAUGCCUGUGCACCUGAGGCUGAAGCACAAAAGACAUGUUUCAGUACCAUAACAAAGUGUUAUCUGCAGCUCAAACACCCAAACACAAACAUCUCAUGUAGAAGGUAUGCAGCCAAAAAGAAGAAAAAGAAGCAGGCUGAGGACUAGUGAUGAUUAAUGGUUAAAAAGAAUUGCAUGAGGGAAGGACUCUGGUGGGUGGGUGACUACAAGACAAAGAAACAGGUGCUGUUUAUCUACAGGUGAUGUCGUGAGGAGUUGA